AUGAGUGACUUUCGACGUACACAAAAUACCUUUGGAGAUGCCUUUCCAACGUCUGAGCAGCUGCAUGGAGGCUUUAGCUUUGAUAAUUGUCGUCGUAACGAAUUUCUUCUUAGCCAGUCAGGUGGUAAACAAAAGCUCAAGGCUACAAAAACUGGUACUACAAUUGUCGGUGUGGUCUAUAAAGACGGUGUUGUUCUAGGUGCUGAUACACGCUCUACGGGCGGUUCCAUCGUCAUGGACAAAAACUGCGAGAAGAUUCAUUAUAUUGCACCUAACAUUUACUGCUGUGGGGCUGGCACCGCUGCUGAUACAGAAAACACCACAGCACUGAUCUCCUCGCAGCUAGAGCUUCAUCGUCUGAACACGAAUACGCAAUCACGAGUGGUGACGGCUAUGACAUUAUUAAAGCGGAUGUUGUUUCAAUACCAGGGUCACGUUUCGGCUGCACUGGUUCUCGGUGGUGUGGAUAUUACAGGUCCACAUCUUUAUACAAUUUACCCUCAUGGAAGUACGGACAAGUUGCCAUUUGUGACGAUGGGAUCUGGUAGUCUUGCUGCCAUGUCGGUCUUUGAGCACGGUUACAAGGAUGACAUGACGGAAGAGGAAGCAAAGACAUUGGUGCAAGAAGCCAUUUUGGCUGGUAUAUUCAAUGACUUGGGCUCAGGUAGCAACGUCGAUGUGACGACGAUUAAGAAGAGUAACGGCAAAGUGGAAGUGGUCAAGGAGAUUAACUGUAUUAAGCCCAACGAGGUGUCGGAGCUGCGUUCGCAGAUUCAUCGGGACAUUGUCACGCAUAUCCCACGUGGAGCUACUCAUGUUCUCAGCUGCAAGACAGAGGUUUUUCCUGCUAGCAUUGUCGUUGAGGAGGCUACUCCGAUGGAACUGUAG